AUGGUAGUUGGUGAACUGCGGCGUUCAGCCGCGCAACACUGGAGACGUUCUACACGUUUCAGAACUCAGCGUCCCUCCUCUGAUGGGGUGUCGAGGAGGAGGAUCCGAAACCUGCAGCCGGCUAGGCCGCUGCGUCGUUUGAACAUAAAUCAAGAGAAACACAGAGAGGUAGUGGCCGAGCGAUCGGACAAGACGACGGACACACCAACAAACACCAUUAGUGAGAAGCAGUUUUAUGAAAUCCUUAAACCUCAAAGCCAAUGUCAAUCACUUGCCAAGACAGAAAGAAUAUCAUACAGUAGGGACUUGCUGAUCAGGUUGGCAAGCUCACCAAUGGCAAAGAAAAAACCUGACUUCCUACCAGACCACCCAGUAGUUCUAGAAAAGCCAAGGCACCAAGAUGUGUUUCUGAACAACUUUAACAAUAACCUGGACAUACAGGGCGCUGAAGGUGGUUUUUGUCUGCGGUUACUAGCCCACUACAAACAGUGACAUUCACUUGUUCCUCAACAUUCUUUCUGCUAGUUGUGAAGAUUCUUCACACACUGGCAUUUCAGCAGAUUGGUCCACCUCUGGGUUUAAAAUGAAAAGCAAAGAAGAUUAUAAUUUCAGUAAUUAAAUCAUUGUUUUAUC